AUGCAAAGUGCUCCAGAUGGCGAUUACAAGUUUAUUUUCGUUUACCAGUUUACUCAAAUCUUAGAAAAUCUUGAC